AUGGCUGGGAUGAACAUUAACACUAACGCUCGUCUGGGGCUGUUUCUCACGUUCAGCCUCUUUGGCAUCUUCUCCAUGCUUCUGGUUAUAGAAACCACAGAAGCAAAAAAAAUUAGCGAGGCCACUGAAGAGAAUUGCGAAGUUUGUGUCAAACAUUUGACAAAGUUCAUCAAUUCAUUGGAUGAAAGUACCAAAAGUGAUCACAAGAAAGUUGAGGAGGCAUUUAGAAAAUCCUGCAAGAAAUCCAAAAACGAUGACAACCGAUUUUGCUAUUAUGUUGGUGGGUUGGAAGAGUCAGCCACUGGCAUGUUAGGAGAGAUGUCCAAACCAAUCAGCUGGUCAAUGCCUGCAGACAAGGUCUGCAUGAAAUUGUACAGGAAAGAUGCCCAGAUAUGUGAUCUUAAAUAUGAGAAGACAUUCGACUUUUCUAAAGUUAACUUCAAGAAGUUGAAGGUAAAUGAACUGAAACAGAUUCUCUUGGAUUGGGGCGAGGACUGCAAAGGAUGCACAGAAAAAUCUGACUACAUUAAUCUCGUUGAGCAACUUCUACCUAAAUAUGCCCCUGAUGCCGCUAAAGCUAGAGCCGAAUUAUAA